UCAGUGCAGCAAUUUCAGAGUCAGUUUACAGUACAUUGAGUCGGUUCUCCUGAUCACCUCGUCUGUUGUUCUACCGUGCCUCCAUACAGGCAGAAUGAUGAACUCUGCUGUCCUGAUUUUUACUGUCCUGACAACGGGAGCUGCCCUUGGGAAGAUGGAAUACGCAUUGGACAUGAAGGAGAACUGUGUUGAUGAUCAGUACCAGGACUGCACAGAGAUUACGUCCCACGUGAUAGAGAACACAUAUCUAAAAGAUGAACUGAAGAGGUCAAAGAACUUCAGUGCAGCUUGGAGUAAAGGACAGAAGUGGUGCUCCAGCAAUAAGAAAGGAAAUGAUUUGGGAGGAAUUAAUUACUGCAUUGCCCUUUAUGUGUAUACUCUACUUAAACCACCAAUAUAUAGAGCUUUCAACGGUGACACUCGUAAUGGGACUGCACAAUACACAGGAAAGACAUAUAAGUGGUAUUCUCUUCACUUUUUGUUAACCCGUGCAGUACAAGUUCUGAAGGAUGAGGAAAAGCGAAAAGGAACUAAAUGCAGAGUAGUCUAUCGUCGUACAAAGGAUCAAUUUCAAAAAGACGUUCUGAACAAAGAGAUUCGAUUUGGCUCUUUCUCGUCCUCCUCCAUUGAGAAGACGGUUGAGGACUUUGGAGAUGUGUCGUGUUUUGAAAUCACCACAUGCCAUGGUGCAUAUAUCACAGAUUAUUCUGCCAAUCCAGCUCAGGAAGAGGUGCUGAUUCCUCCAUAUGAGACCUUUAAAGUAACUGAAGUCUCAGAGAAAAGACACAAUACUGGCCUGUGGUGUGACACUGUGUAUAAGCUGGAAAGAACUGGAACCAGAAGUGACCUGAACUGUGCAGUGGCGCGUUCGUUUGAUCGGGUCAUCAACGAACUUUGAUUUGCUGUUCGUCCCCACCCGUUGUCAUGGUCACAUUGCCUGUGGCUGGCAGUUUAGAUUGGCAAGCUUAACUUUACAUGUCAUAACUUCAACUAAACAUAAUUACGCACCAAUAACUAAUGUGUCAAUGCUACCCGUCAUGCCCAUUACAAUCAACAAUAUGUUUCUAGCUUGUUUUCCCCUGAAAAGGGGCGUGGUGCUCAGAAAUUUCUCUGUUUGAUGUUUCGCUGGUCCAUCAUAUGUAUGGUCUAUCAAAGGCACUCUAAACGAUGUUGGGUCAUGUCACGUCUGUUGACAUUCAAACAGAACAGAGAUAUUCUUUUGCUAUUCUUUCCCCCUCCCUUGCGUGUAAUGGAAACUUUGGUCAUUGAUUUGCUGGAUUUGUUAUGUUUUUAUGGCUUAGGUUGGCCUAGGGUGUUUUGUUGCCAUUUUUAAGCCUGGGAUGUUUUUCAGGGCACAUACUACAGCUAGUUAGCCUGGGUGUUCAUCCUGCCUUCUUUCACACUGCUAAGGCAGUCUGGACACUAACUCCCAAAUUUUCGCCUGAUGUUGGUAACCAAUCACAGAACAUCCGAGAAGUUUCCGUUGCCUUCUUGCGUCUACAUUCGACGCCAAAAGAUUUACAUUGAUAUCAAUGGCAGCCCUUCGCGUUGCAUAUGAACGCGCGGGGGCACCUUCGGCUUCCGAUAUUGACGCCAGGGGGCUUGACAUGCGUCCUCGUUCGACAAGUUGGGUGUGAGACCGUGUUGGAUGAGCUAUGCGCAUUUGAUAGACAUCCGUGGCGCCCAAUGAACGGAUCUGGGCAUUUUUUCAAAUACGAGAAAAUGAACGUCUGGUUGCCAGACCACGUCUCAUUUGAGAAGUGGUAGGCGUUAGCCAGGCUAACAGCUAGUGGAUAGUGAGGCGUUUUUGUGAGUGACAAAAAAUGUUUUUGCCUAAAAAAUGUGACAUCACUUAGAACACCUUUAAUAUAAAUACCAUGGUAAUGUUUAUCCUUCACAUCUAUCCACAUUUUAAACACUUUUUUCAUUUCAAAACUUAAACAAUCUGUACAAGAUUUGUUAUAUGUGGUUGAUCUGUAGGCUAUUAUGCUUCUGAUCGUAAGUAAUAUGUGGUAUCAUUUAAACGUUACUCUGGGAGAUGGUAACACAUAAGCGAUGUAGAAGUUAAAAAUAGCAGUUGUGUUUC